AUGACACACAUGACAACUUCCAGCAUGGCGGCUCUGGUGGUCUUUAGCACGUUGGUUCUGUGCGUGGGCCUGACAUUGUCCUCACCGCACUCCUCUCCCUACUCACUGCAGGCGGCUGUUGAUGCCCUGCACCGUCGCGAAGCCCAACUGGCGCUGCAAGAUGAGGCCAAUGGAGAGCUGAUGGACGAUGAAGGUUACUGGCUGGAACCAUCCGACGAACAACCGGCGUACAGACCAAAUCGUCAGCGGCUGAAUAAAAUUUUAGCCAAUUAUUUGCGACGGGACGAUGAUCUGGAGGAGGAACCGUACGACCCGUACGAUCUGGAAGCCCGUAAACGGACAGUUUUCCGCGAACGGAACCCCUAUAGCCACCCGGCAACGUAUCCGACCUUUUUCCGAGAGCGUGAAUUAGCAAAAGCCCUCCGAACACGUCCCGAUAUGUCAUCGGAUUUCCUGAAGGAGAUUGACCGUCAAGCAAAUGUCGAACGCGAGGAAAAGUAUCUGGAUGAGCUGCGCGAGCUGUGGGACAAAUAUCAGCAGCAGGAAAGCGAAAUCGAGCAGGAGCUGUUCGACGAGGACCGUGCGGCUGCCGCAGUCGCAGCCGCCGCCGCUGCCGCAGCCUCCGACGAUGAAGGUCCAUCCUACUUCGACAAGCGACAGGGCUAUCCAAUCGGUUCGCAAUCGGAUGCUGCAGCAGCCAUGUAUUACGGACCUCCGAUGCAGGAGAAGAAGCGAACCAUGCCGAUGCUACCGUGGCUUCCUGCGUCACGCAGGAAGCGCUUCCCAGUAGCGAAGCGAUCGCCGAAACCGGACUCCGGCAUCGCCGGAACCGACGAGAAAGUAGCCAAGGAUUUGCAGGCGUUGUUCGAACAGCCGGAGGAGAAGAAGAAGCGAUCGAGUGAACCUGCGGUUCACGAACCGGUGAAGGCAGAGGAUAAGGUGAAUGAUUCGAAAGCGCACGACGCGAAGCAGGAAGCUAGCAAGGAACAUGAUCACGAUGAGCACAGUUCGGAGGAAAGUCAUGAACACGAGCAUGACCAUGAUCACGAACAUGAUCAUGAGCAUGAGCAUGAUCAUGAGCAUGAAUCGAGUGAGGAGUUCGAAGGGGAGGAUGAUGAUAAGAGAAAACGUUCCGUUAAGAAGAAGCGUUCGAAUCUCGAGGUUGUGAAGGAGGACCAAAUCAUUCCGGGCGACAUCGGUGAGUAUAAGGCGAAGAAGUCGAUUCAGUGGAAUAAGUACUUUGGAAUGGAUCGAAGGAAAAAAAGUAUCAGCGGAGGAGCGUAUCCAUUGAGUUUCUACAAGUCUUAUGAUGAGGAUCGUAAGAAGAAAAACAUUAACCAGGAGAAGUUGGAUAACAUGGAUAGGAAGUUGAAAACGAUCGAGGAUUUGAUUCUGGAUCAGACGGUUAAAUAUACGGGGGAUCAUGAAGGUGGACUUACUGAGCCAGAGGACUUGCAGAAGAUGAAAGACAAAGUGGUUUCACGUCUGGCUACCGCGUACAGUAUUGAAAAGAUGCGUCACACACUGGAGAAGUUGAAAGAUUCGGUUGGUGAUGAGGUAGAUCCGCUGAAAGAUGUCGAGAUCGAUGCUGACAAGCGGGACGAUAAGAAGGAAAAAGCCAAGCGAGUAGCGGUAAAGAAAGAGAAGGCCGAAUACGAUCACAGCCAGCAUUCAAUGGAACCAAGUGAGAAGGUCUCUCACGAUGAGGUGGAGAACGACCUGGAUGAGUUGGACGAUGACAAGAAGAAGAAAAAGAAGAAGCGAGUAACCAAGAGAUUUCAGGAGGUAUUCCGAAAUGAUGUGCCCGAAUUCGAGGAAGAACUAGGUGCCGGACAUUAUGCUCCAGCAAGCGAAGGUUAUGGUCGCAGUUUGGCCGUCGAGUCAAAUGAAUGUCCACUGCUAGAUGCUUUAGAACGUAGAUGUAGGGGAGUUGAUGUGCUGAGUGGUGAUAUCUAUCAAGAACUUCUACCGGCUUGUGGGGCCCAUCAGCUGUGUUAUCUAUGCGGAUCAUCCCAGACGGUUUGUGACUUCCAGUAUCUGGCCGAAGCGGACAUGAUCUGCGAAGGGCAGACCAACUGCCAGUCCACGGCCCGGUCGGCAUUGAUGAUCCUGCGAGGAUUCCCCGGUCCACAGCUGGGACCACGCGAGUGUGCCAAAAAUCCUUGCCUCUACCGGGCAAUGAUCGAAGUAGGCGUUAGCGGUUUGUAAGCGAAGACACAAACCAACUCGCGUCUCGGCGCAUG